GCAACAUCCACCCCAGACCAUUUUAGAAUCCAACCGGGUUGUUGGAGUUGUGUGGGCAGGAGAAAAAUACUUUCUCUGGAUAUUUCACGCGUGCGACGACUUCGAAGAUCAAACCCUGACCGCCUGCGUGGAAGUCCGAAAUGCUAACCACUCGCCAAUCGGCCCGACUGUUGGCAUGAAUAAGAUAGACAAGUCAUAGAACGUGACAUAGUACCACGUAUACAAUAUGGACGACCUGAUAACAUAUCGCGCAAGGAUUGGCAUGUUUUCAAUGAUUCGUGCUUUAAAAUCAUUCAAAGUGAAACAGAACUCAGGUAAAAGGCAAGUAACGAUUCGCCGCAAGAAGAGUACUUGCGAGAGGAUGCCAAAUAAUACUGUUCCUACCAAAUCAACAGCUAAUGUUGGACAUAUUUCUUUUUAUAUAUUAUUCAUUCUCUGCUUAAUUAUAUCCGGACUGGACACUUGUCCCAUAAUUCAUCAACGCCUGCUACCAGACAUGACUGGAUGGACAUCCUCUUCGGUUUGCAAAGUACCUUGUUAUAUUUCAUUUGUACCUCAGCCAGGGAUGGCAACCUACGUCGUUUUUAACUGCAGCUGUGACCCUCUCCUAGGUAAUGCUGGGAUCCACAGUUACAACGGCAAUCCGAGAACUCAUAGCUGCAGCAGUCAGGCUUCUGCAGAUCAAGGUUUACACAACUUGCUUUCCAUACCUGAAUUACAUUUUGAAAUGGUUGACCAGCUUGACAGUUCAUUUAAACUGAUCAAUACAUCGUUGUGGAAUAAGUUCAAAUUUGCGUUGAAAUGGAAAACAAGGCUUCCAGGGGACUUGUUAGACAAGGCUGAAGACAUGUUUUUUGUAUCAAACCUUCUUGAAGAACAAGGAGAGAUUAGCCCUGGGUCAUAUACUAAGCUAAAGGAGUGCUUAGUUGGAAACAACGAAUGUCUAGAUAUAAUAAACAAGUUCGAGUAUAAAAUGAGUAGAACGGCAUCAUACUGUGAUCAAGGGCUAGCAGAACAGAGACCAACAUCUAAUCAAGUUGUAGGUAACAGUGCGGAGGGAAAUGAAAGGUUUCCUAGUCCGUGUGACAAGUCCAAUUCUACUGUUCCUACUCGAGAAGAAAUUCCCAUUUCUAUUCCCCACGAAGGACUUGUAACUUCUUCUCUUUCUCGCGAAACAAUAAACACUGCUUUCCCUCACGAAGGUCAAACUGGCGGGCCAUUGACCACUUCAUUACCUAAUGAAGGGCAACGGAUAACUUGUUUUCCUAUAGAAGGACCUGCAGCCACUUUUGAUCCUACUGAAGAACCGAUGCUAGCUUCUUAUCCUGUCAAAAGACCAAUAUCUAGUACUGUUCCAGAAGAAGGAAUACUGGCCGCUUUUGUUUCUAAAGAAGGACUAGUAGCCAAUAUCGAUCCUACUGAAGGACAAACGACCAAUACUGUUUCUACUGAAGGACAAAUAGACACCUCUGUUCUUACUGAAAGACAUAUAACACCUUCUAUUUCUCACGAACCAAUGGACACAUCUGUUUCUAACGAAGAAAAAAUGACCACUACUAUUCCUACGGAAGAACCAAUGGCCACAUCAUUUCUCAAGGGAGGACCAAUGACAACUACUGUUUCUACUAAAGGACAAAAAAACACUUCUGUGCCUACCGAGUUACCAAUUACCUCUUCUAUUCCUAAUAGAGGACACAUGCCCACUGCUGUUCCUCCUGAAGGACCAAUGAUAACUGCUGAUUCAAAUGAAGGUCAAAAGACCACUGGUGUCCCUACUGAAAGACCAGUGGCCACAUCUGUUCCUAUUGAGGAACAAAUAACUAGCAAUCUUUCCAGUGAAGGACAAAUGGCCAUUACUGUUCCUGCUGGAGGAUUAAUGGCCACUGCUGUUCCAAGUGAGGGAAACCAGCUACCACUUACAGUCGACUUACACCAGACUUUCCAACAAACAGACAUACAGCAGACACAGUUCACACGUCUUGAACCAAGGAUUAAGGUUCAGCAUGCACAGAAUGUUUUCACCGGCAACAACAACGUGGUGUGUUACGGGGCUGACGCAGGAGAUCAAAAUGACCAAGCUAACAAUAUCCAACAAAAACUGGAAGGUAUAGAACAGAGACUACAAGAGAGGAAAGUCCAAGAGAGCAAUUACCAGGACACGCUAAAAUCUACACAACAUAAAUUUACAGAGAUAAUAUAUGACCAGACGAACAGUAUACAACAUGCGAUGCAAAACAUAGAGGAGAUUGAGAGGGAGUUUCGGAACACCACGAUAAAGCAAACGGCACUACUAGAACAACUUGGAUGUGGUAAGCCAUGCUUGAAAAUUAUUGAAUGUAAUAUUUUGAGAUAUUGUAUUUCAAACACUGAGUAUGCGUUAUUACGGGGUCCGUUCGUCUGCCACAGUACAUUACGAUUACCAUAUACCUAUAGCUAUGUAACUGUAAUAAUAAUAAUAAUAUGCAGCAUUUGAUACCGCGCCCUAUCUAGCUAACAUAAGCCAUU